AUGGAAUAUAUUGAGACCAAAUGUGACCCUUUCAAGUACCUCGGUGAAACGAAGUUGCUACACGCCCUUGGUCUCAUUGUAAGGGAUGAUUAUAGAGGUCACAAGUUAGGUAGCAGGAUUCUAGCGGCGAGGAAACCUCUCUGUUUAUCACAGGGUAUAAACGCUACUGCUACAGUUCUUACUGGACCAGCGUCGCAGAUAUCGGCUGAAAGGAGUGGAUUUGAAAAGAAUUGCGUCAUAUCGUUAAAAGAGCUCGCAGAUCAAGGGUUAAACUACCCUUCAGAUGAAAACUGGGUGACCAACCUGGGUGUAAUGGUCAAAAAAUGGGAUUCCUCUUGUCCUCGUGUUUGGGACUCUUGGGAGGUUGACGACACUAAGUGGACUAUACAAGACCUACCCCCGGAAGAUGAGAAUGCUGCCCUUGAUAUCCUUAUUAAGUAUUUCUUAAAAGAUGAAGUACUAUGUCGUAUUAGCAAUUUACUUGAAGACCCGGUGAGCUUACAAAGUAUUACUGAAUUCUGGCGGAUAUCCAUGUCACAGCGCAUGUGUUUAGCCUGUUACAAUGAAGUUGACGGCAAGAAAACUCUAGUAGGAAUGAACGUUUGCGUCGUUGACUCAGCUGAGGAACGAUUUCCAACAAUUGAGAUAGAAGGAGAUGCGUGGAUUAAUGUUUAUAAAGCUAUGGUAUAUAUUGAGACCAAAUGUGACCCUUUCAAGUACCUCGGUGAAACGAAGUUGUUACACGCCCUUGGUCUCAUUGUAAAGGAUGAUUAUAGAGGUCACAAGCUAGGUAGCAGGAUUCUAGCGGCGAGGAAACCUCUCGCUUUGUCACAAGGUUUAAACGCCACUGCUACAGUUUUUACUGGACCAGCGUCGCAGAUAUCGGCUGAAAGGAGUGGCUUUGAAACGAUUUGCGUCGUAUCGUUAAAAGAGCUCGCAGACCAAGGGUUAAACUACCCUUCAGAUGAAAAUCGGGUGAUUAAACUAAUGGUCAAGCGAUUUAAGUAA